CCGCAAUCAACUGGGCCGUGCGAAGGCAACUUUGAUCAACGCGAAAAACGCGCGCUUCGAUUUUGCAAAAAAUUGUUUUGCUUUUUUUAAUUUGUUGGUGCGUGGGGUUUGGAGGUUGGAUAUGCGAUUUAAAUAAUUUAUGUCAAACUUUGAUUUGAAUGUCAAGGUGGCGAAAAAGGUGGUUUUGUCGCCUUUUGGUGACUUACGUGGCCACUAUUUUUGCCGUUGGCAGCCAAGAAAUCACCAAUUUCGUGGCCACGAACUUUUUGCAAGAUGGUGAGAUGGAAACCAGGAUCUACUUCGAUGGUGUUACUGCGAAAGAAACCGUUUCAAAAGGGUCUGGUUUGAAAUUUCGCCAGCUUUCCGAUGGCAAACACUUGAUACAAUCGAUAUACAACGAUGAAAAUAAUUUGGAGGAUUGUGAGUACGGUCUUAAAAGAGAUCAAGUAAAUAAGUUCCUAAACACUUUUAAAGGCGAUUUAAAAGUUCUAUUAACUACCUCUAACGUUACUGUGCAAUCACUGGAUGGUUUGCCCCUGCCAGAUGAGUUCAACUGGUUGAAUUACACGUAUUUAAGAAAAAAAUGCCAGAAGAAACAUCGAGAAAUUAAGGAAUUGGCUGACAAUAGCAGGCAAAAACGCGAUUUCUCCGACUUGCUGAGGAUACCCGGCACUAAGUGGUGCGGUAAGGGGUAUUCCGCGGACAAAUACACGCGUCUAGGGGGAUUUUCCCGUACCGAUAAGUGCUGCAGGAAGCACGAUCUAAAUUGUCCGUUUUGGAUUGGCGCUUUCGACACGAAGUAUGGCCUUUUCAAUUGGCGGAUGAACACUCUGAUGCACUGCGAUUGCGAUGCCAGGUUCAGAUCGUGUCUCAAACGAGUUAGAAGUAGUGACGCCAACCUGGUGGGAAAAUUAUUUUUCAACGUCGUGCAAACCCAGUGCUUUAGGCUGAAGCCGAAAAAAACCUGCGUGAGAUCAUCUUGGUGGGGAAAAUGUAAAAAAUUCAAAUAUUUCAAGCAAGCAAUACUAGUUGAGAAUCCCUCUUACUGAAUAUUAAAUAUUUUUAGGUAAAUUAUUUUGGGCCGUUUUUUUG